GGCAUUUUUUGCAACGUUAAAUAAUUUGAGUGCUAUAGAUUAAUCCACUAUCAUCCGACGAUCACAAUACCAUUUUCUAUAAAUAUCAGUUUUAACAGAAAUUAGAGGCAAACAUAGUUAGAAACUAUAAACGAACUUCAAGUAGAAAAACUUCAUACACUACAGAUACAUUAAAAAGGGCUUUAAAUGAAAUUGAGAGAGGUUUGAUAAUUCAAUACGACGCGCACAAAAAAUAUAACAUUCCACAAAUGACCCUGAGCUAUCAUCGAAGAGGUUAUCGAGGUGUAAAGAACUUAACGAUGGGAAGAAAUACAGCGAUUUCCAGCGAACAAGAAGAAAAGCUUGCUCAAUGUUUAAUAACAAUGGAAAAAUGGGGAUGGGGACUAACUCGACGAGAUGUAUUUAAUAUUGUUGAAAAGUAUGUCAUUCUAAAUAAACUUAAAACGCCAUUUAAAGCAGGCCGGCCAGGUAAAGAUUGGUUUAUAAGUUUUUCAAAGCGCCACAAUUUAAAAAUGCUUAGAUCCAUUCGUAAUUAAUGGCUACUUUGAUAUUUUAAAAACACAGUUGGAUUCCCUAAAUUUGCACGACAAACCACGGCAAAUAUGGAAUCUUGAUGAAACCAAUUUUUGUCUAUAUCCAAGCAAAACAAAAAUAGUAGGCAAAAGAGGAGCUCCAUCUUCUAGAACAACUGCAGGCAGUGGAAGGCAAAAUAUUACGGUCUUAAUGGCUUAAGUUAAUUAAUGUUAGUGCAGAUGGGUUUAAGGCGCCACCGUUAAUAGUUUUCAAGGCAAAAAAUAUGUGGCAGGAAUGGGUUGCUCCACGUGAUGAAGAAUUCCCUGAAAUAACGUAUGCCACAACAGCAAACGGAUGGAUGGAAUCCGAUAUAUUUCUACAAUAUUUUAAAAAGUUUGUUAAAAUCCUUUGGCCCAGAAAGACCAGUCUUGUUGAUAUAUGACGGUCAUGCGUCCCACGUGGAUGAAAGAUUAAUUAGAGCAACCAGGGAGAAUGGGGUGAUCAUUCUUAAAUUACUACCCCAUUCAUCCCAUAUUCUACAACCGCUUGACCUUAGUGUUUUUAAGUCUUUAAAAGUCAGAUGGGAGUAUGAGUUGAUCAACUGGCAGGAGCAUAAUGAGGGAAGACAAAUUCCAAAGAAAAAAUUUAGCUCUUUAGUUUGUAAAAUAUGGAAAGAAACAAACCACGAAAUUAUAUCUAAUGGUUUUAAGAAAGGAGGUAUUUUUCCAUUUAAUGCAUGUGUUGUUGACAAGGAAAAGUACGAUCCAUUAUUUUACAAGAGAUGGGAGCAACAUCAAGGGGUACGAAGAUUUCCUGAUGAGUCGAUGGAUAUAUUGCAACCAGGACCCUCAAAUCUAGGUCAAAAGGACAAUAGUGCUAUUGCCAAUAAUUUGAGACAACAUUCCCUAAAUAUUAACAGAGAAGAUACAAAUUAUCCUCAUUUGUCAAGCCCUAAUUCAAAACCAGGUCCAAGUGGAUACCAAGGGCUACCAGAACAGCGAUACUCUUUUGAAGAAUUGCUAUUGUCUACAGUUCAACAGACUAACGCACCCAAAAAAGUAAAGAAAAGAAAAGUGUGUUCUGGAGCCAAAGUUAUAACUUCUGAGGAAGUUAUGAGUCGCUUGAUCGAAAAGGAUUCGACUGUUUUAAAAGAAAAAUCAAAAUCAAAUAAAAAUCGGCGCAAAAAAUUUAAACCAAAUUCCAUGAAUGAAGAAGAGGACAUAAGUGAUAAAGAAAUUAUAUUCCAAGAGAGUGAUGAUGAUAUAAUAGAGGAAGAGAUGAGAAACGCGGAAGCAGUUGAUGCAUGUAUGGAGCAAAUCAGUAAGCCUUCUACAGAUAUACAAGAAGAUAAUUGGGUGCUAGCCUUUUAGGGAAAAAAUCAAAAAAAUAUUUUGUCGGACAAGUGAUCUCUCAUAAUAAAGAGGAUGAAGAAUUGGAAAUAAAAUUUACCAAAAAAAUGCUAACUUUAGACCCCUUGGCUUCUUCAACAUUCACAUAGAAAGAUCCCGAAGAAUGUGCUGUAGUUAGCAGAAGCGACAUUAUAAGGUCUCUCCCAAAUCCCGUUUUAACCGGUCGGCGAGGUUUAAUAAAAUUUGAUGUAAAUUUUUCUGCAUAUAAUAUUCAAUAAUUCAUGUUUAUAAACUUGUUUAAGUGAUUUACA